AUGCCCCUUUCCGCUGAACGUAAGAGUGAAUACUUUGACAAACUAAAGGAGCUUGUCACAACCUAUUCGAAGUGUUUUAUCGUUCAAGUCGAUAAUGUCGGCUCUAAGCAACUUCAAUCUACCAGAAAAGAUCUCCGUGGAAAGGCCGAGGUUUUGAUGGGAAAGAACACUAUGAUGAGAAAGUGCUUGAGGGACUUCGUUGAUGAGAACCCAGGAAGUCCUGUCGAGAAGCUCAUCGAAGAGUGCCGUGGAAAUGUCGGCUUUGUUUUCACAAACGGUGACCUGGGUGAUAUUCGCGAAACCUUGGAAUCCAACACGCGCCCUGCCCCCGCCAAGGUUGGAUCUGUCGCUCCCUCGAAGGUUGUUGUCCCCAAGGGUGGUACUGGAUGUGAUCCAGGUCAAACUGCUUUUUUCCAAACUCUUCAAAUCGCUACCAAGAUUUCCCGUGGUCAAAUUGAGAUGGUUAACGAUACUGAGUUGAUCCAAGAAGGAGAGAGGGUUACUGCUUCGCAAGCCGCUCUUUUGCAAAAAUUGUCGAUCAUGCCUUUCACGUAUGGUGUUGUUCUCAAGUCCGUGUACGACAAUGGAUCUCUUUUCGACGCCAAGGUCCUGGACAUCACAGACGAGGUUUUGGCUGCCAAGUUCUCUGAAGCCCUCAAGUCUAUUGCCGCUUUGUCUCUUGCAUUGGGAAUGCCCACUCAAGCGUCUGUCCCGCACUCUAUCGCAAAUGCUUUCAAGGCAAUUCUUUCCAUUACUAUCGAGUUGGAAAACUAUUCCUUUGAAAAGGCAGAUCUUUACGAGGAAUACUUGAAGGAUCCAUCCAAGUUUGCCGGAUCUGGUGGUGGCGGUGGUGGCACCGCCGCUGCUGGAGAUGCUCCUGCUGAAGAGGAAGAGGAGGAGGAAGAAGAAGCCGAAAUUGGUGGAGGUAUGGAUAUGUUUGGAGGUGAAGAGGGUGGCGGUGGUGACUACUAA